CAGAUUAAAUAGUUUAAAUAUAAUAUAAUAUGAUGCAUAUUUUUUUUAAAUCAUGUGUUUACAGGGUGCAGGGUUCGGAGUAAUUUUAUUCACUUUAGCCUCGAUUUUUUCGGUUAUUGCUUGCGCAAAUUCCUCUGGAAUUGGAAUUGGAAUUGGAAUUGGAUUUGAAGAUGAAGAUGAAGAUGUAUUUAAUGUGAUGGAUUAUGGUGCCACAGGCGAUGGCCUAACAGAUGAUUCACAAGCAUUUCUAGAAGCAUGGGAGGCUGCAUGCAAUGCCUUAGUUGAAUUUCCAAAGAUAUAUGUUCCAGAAGAGAGCACAUUUUUGGUAAACCCCAUCAGUUUUUAUGGCCCAUGCAAUUCCCCAACUAUUAAUUUCAAGAUUUCAGGGACAAUUAUAGCCCCGGAAUCACCUGAUGUGUGGAAUGGGAGAGAUGCAAGUCAAUGGCUAGGAUUCGAGCAUGUCGACGGUCUCAAGAUCGACGGCUACGGUGUCUUUGAUGGCCGCGGCCAGCCCUGGUGGGACCAAUCAUGUAGAUACCACCCGCAACUGAAACAAUGCACGAAAACGGCUCCAACAGCGUUGAAGUUUUUGUGGUGCAAAGAGAGCAGUGUGAGGAAUAUGAAGUUGAUGAAUAGUGCACAAACACACAUACUUGUGAAGGAUUGCAAUAAUUUCAAGAUUGAAAAUUUAAUGAUUAAUUCACCUGGAAAUAGCCCCAACACUGAUGGCAUCCACAUUCAAGCUUCUCACUCUGUCACCAUCACCAAUUCUCAAAUUGCAUGUGGCGAUGAUUGUAUCUCAAUUGGGGAUUAUAUUUCGAACGUUCAAAUAGCGAAUGUUGUGUGUGGACCGGGUCAUGGUAUAAGCAUUGGAAGCUUAGGGAAAGGAGGAAACUAUGUACAAGUGGAGAACAUUCGAGUAACCGAUGCAUUCUUUAAUGGAACCACAAACGGAGCUCGGAUCAAAACAUGGCAGGUUGGAAGAGGAUAUGUUCGAAACGUAGUAUUCGAAAAUCUCAAAUUCAACAACGUAAAGAAUCCCAUAAUCAUCGACCAAAAUUAUUGCUUCGUUAGGGAUGCCUGCAAAGAGGAGGAAACUGGAGUUCAAGUAAGCAGUGUAGUAUACAAGGAAAUAAGUGGAACAUCAACGACAGAUAUAGCGAUUAAUCUCAACUGCAGCAACGCGGUGCCAUGCUUUGGAAUUUCGAUGCAGUCGAUAAAUAUAGACUCGGCCAAAUCCGGAAAACAAGUUACUGCACAUUGUAAUAACGCCCACGGUCGAGAAGUGGGAGUCUUUCCUGGUCCAUGUCUUCAACACUAUUAAUCUAUCUAACACGAUCAAAUAUGUUAAUAAAAGUUCGAUUUCCGAGGAUACAGAAAAAGUUUACGAUUUUUUUAAUUAAAAAAAACGAAAACAAAAAAGUAACAUAAAACAGCAUCAAAUGAAAUGCAACCAAAUUUGAAAUAAAAGAAAGAUUGUCUUGGAAGAGAGUAGAGAAUUUUCACAUAAGCCAGCUAGGCAGGCUCAACUGAAA